GCUCACUCCAGCGCCACCCAAUAAGGACCAGCCAGGCGGACCUGUGCGGAACCAUCAGAGUUGGGGUUUGACGUAGUUCUCUCGGGUAUGAAAUCUCCCUCACCGGACUUUUUCCGGCCUCGCUGCUUUCUUGAGCAUGUCCAUGAGAAGGGAGAUCAGAGGAGCUGCAGCUGAGGAUCUUCCGCCCUCGCCCCACACCCCACAGCCAGCGGGGCGCCACGCAAGAACUAAACGACCUCCGUCCUUUCCCUUGCGAUAGCCUGGUGCCCCUGCCUUUCCACGGGUCCCUCUUAGUCCUCGACCCUGUGGUUCUCUUUGGAGGUUGAUCUCUCCGCCUGGAUGAGAUGGCGUCGCCUUUCUUUUCUGACUUUGGCCUCAUGUGGUACCUGGAGGAGCUCAAGAAGAAGGAGUUCAUGAAGUUCAAGGAGCUGCUCAAGCAGGAGACUCCACUGCUUGGACUCAAGCAGAUCUCCUGGGCUGAAGUGAAGAAAGCAUCAAGGGAAGAACUUGCCAACCUACUGCUCAGGCAUUACGAGGAGCAGCAAGCCUGGGAUGUGACCUUCAGGGUCUUUCAGAAGCUGGGCAGGAGGGACCUCUGUGAGAAGGCCAUGAGAGAGAGCACUGGAAAUGCGAAGAUAUAUCAGACUCACAUGAGGGAGAAAUUCACCGACUUCUUGUCCAGGGAGUCCAUUCCCACGAUGCAUGAACAGUUGGAUAUGAAUAUCACGCAGGAAGAAUGCAAAUUUCUGGAACUCCUCUUCGAGCCCGAGAAGCAGACCCGCAUUCUAUGCUUGCUGGGAGCCCAAGGAGUUGGGAAAACAACUUUCCUGGCGAAGAUGAUCCUGGCCUGGUCCAAGGGCUUCGUCUACCAGGACAGAUUUUCCUACAUCUUCUACUUCUGCUGCAAGGAACUGAAGCAGCUGCCAGCGACGAGCUUGGCGGGACUGAUCACCAGAGCCUGGCCCGGCACCUCUGCCCCUGUGAGUGAGAUCAUGGCCCACCCCGAGAAGCUCCUGUUCAUGGCCGACAGUUUUGAAGAACUGGGCUCUGACCUGGCGGAGCCGGAGGACGAGCUCUGCAGCGACUGGGCGGAGGUGCAGCCACCAAAGCUGCUGCUGAGCAGUUUGCUGAGGAAGAAGAUGGCCCCGGAGUGCUGCCUGCUUGUCACCGUCAACCCCAGGGCCGGGCAGGACCUGGAGGACAGGCUGGAGGACCCUGACAUUAGGGAGCUCACGGGCUUGAAAGAGUUCGACGUAAAGUUCUACAUCUGCCAUAUGUUCCCGGACAGGCGCAGAGCCUUGGAGGCUUUCAACGUCAUCCUGAACAACGAGCAGCUCCUCUCGAUGUGCCGGCUCCCUGUGCUCUGCUGGCUGGUGUGCACGACCCUGAAGCAGGAGAUGGACAAAGGCAUAGACGUGGCGCUCACCUGCCAGCGUCCCACCGCCCUGUAUAGCUCCUUCCUCUUGGACCUCUUCACGCCUGAGGGUGCCGACGGCCCCAGCUGGCAGGGCCAGGCCCAGCUGCAGAGCCUGUGCUCCCUGGCCGUCCAGGGCAUGUGGACCAACACCAUGGUUUUCCGGGAGAAGGACCUCAGGAGGAACGGGAUAGGCAGCUCCGACCUCUCUGCCUUGCUGGAGCUCAGGGUCCUCCUGCCGUGCUGGGAGACUGAGGGCUUGUACAAGUUCCUGCACUCCUCGGUGCAGGAGUUCUGCGCUGCCCUGUUCUACUUGCUCAAGAGCCCCGGCCACCACUCGCACCCAGCCGUGAGGGGCACGCAGGACCUCCUGCUGACCUUCCUCGAGAAAUCCAGGGCCCACUGGGUGUUUGUUGGGUGCUUCCUGUUUGGCCUGUUGCAUGAAAGGGAGUGUCAGAAGCUGGAUGCCUUUUUUGGCUUCCAGCUGUCCAGUGAGGUAAAGCGGCAGCUGUAUCAGUGCCUGCAGCAACUGGCAAAGGUGGCUGACAAGCUCCAGGGGCAGGUCAGCUUCCUGGCCUUAUUCUAUGCUCUGUUCGAGAUGCAGGAGGAGGCCUUCCUGAACCAGGUGAUGGACUUGAUGCAAGAUCUUGCCUUCUCCGUCUUCAUUGAGACAGACCUGAGGGUUGCCGGCUACUGCUUAAAACACUGCUCUAACUUGAGGAAACUCAGCCUUUCCGCCCAGGGUGUCUUUAAGGAAGAAGGCAGGGAACAGAGCUCUGUCUCGAGCUCUGAGCUCCUCUGCUGGCACCAGGUGUGGUCAGUGCUCAGGACCUGCAGCCAACUCCAGAUGCUGCAGGUGAAGGAUGGCACCCUCAACGAGUCCGCCAUGCUGAGUCUGUGUCAACAGCUGAGGCAGCCCAACUGUCUCCUCGAGAAUCUUUUUGUCAACAAUGUUACCUUCCACUGUGAGAGUUGGACUCUCUUUGAGGCAUUCCCUCAUAACCCAAAUUUGAAAUACGUGAACCUUAGCAACACCCAGCUGGGCCGCGACGAUGUGAAGGUCCUCCACGGCGCGCUGAGCCACCCAACGAGCAGUGUGGAGAAGCUGCUGCUGGUAAAUUGUAACCUGUCAGCUGACGAUUGCAAGGCCUUGGCCGCCACCCUGAUGGAGAGUAAGAAGCUGGACUCCCUGAACCUCUCCUGCAACAACCUGAAGAAGGGGGUGCGUGCUCUGUGCAAGGCACUGUGCCACCCCAACUGCACCCUGAAGUUCCUGGCGUUAAGCUUCUGCACCCUCAGGGAGUGGUGCUGGGACUACCUCGCUGAAGUUCUCCUGAUCAGCAAGAGCCUGAGCCACCUGGACCUCAGCAUAAACAGCUUGAGGGACGAGGGGCUGAAGGUCCUCUGUGACACUCUGAGAUACCCGGUCUGCGCGCUGCAGAUACUAUGCCUGAUGAAGUGCUCCAUCACGGCGGAGGGCUGCAGAGACCUGGCCUCGGUCCUCACCAGCAGCCGGAACCUGAGAAGCCUGCAGAUUGGGGGGAACAACAUAGAGGACGCGGGGGUGAAGCUGCUCUGCCAGGCUCUGGCACAGCCCAGCUGCCUCUUGGAGACCCUGGGGGUGGAGGACUGCGGCCUAACCAGCGCCUGCUGCGAGGACCUGGUCACCGUGCUCACCACCAGCAAGACCCUGUUUAUGCUGAACCUGCUUCAGAAUCCCCUGGACCACGGUGGGGUGGCACUGCUGUGCCAGGGCCUGAGGCACCCUGAGUGUGCCCUGCGGGUGCUGGGACUGAAUAGUGCUGAAUUUGGUGAGGAAACCCAGGCACUUCUGACUGCUGAGGAAGAGAGAAAUCCCGACCUGGUCAUCCUGGACACAUGGUGAUGCAGAAACGGAAGACAGCGGUUCGGGGAGGGCUGCAGCACCCAGAUGCCAAGAGGAGGCUGUGGGACACCUGCGGGGCAGGGCCGCCUGGCACCAUGUGUGUGGGGACGCGACAGUGGCUCUGCCCGCCCGGGGGGUGGGCCUCGCUGCGCACACAAGGUUUUAAUUUGCUCUGUGGUCUUUGGCCAGAGCUGCAAGAGCUCCGUGACGGAACUUGUAUCUUGUCUACAAUCGUCUUUUAAA